AUGAGCGAUUUCAAAACUAUCAUGAAGGAGGGCUGGCACCCCAAAGCCCGCGAUGGUGGAAAAGAAAGCUGGCGAAGCGAUUUCAAAGGAAUCAACCAAGUGGCAGGAUGGAUGGGGAAAGGCAAAGACUCUAGCAGCGAAAAGUCCGAACACAUCUCCACGCCGCUAUCCUCGCUCAAAGACCCGGCAUCGUUUGGACCUCCUCCGAAACACGUCAAAUAUCACGGCCCGUCGGCACUCCCGAACGAAACGACUCCGGAUCGCAGUGGUCUAGGCGCUCCGCUACGACAAGAACAGAUUUAUCAACAACGGCAACACCAGGCAGAGAUUGAGGCACGGGAGGCAGAAGAACAAGCGGCGGAAGAAGAGAGACGGGCUGCACCUCCAGCACCAUAUCGGGUCAAUACAACGGGACUGAGGACAGAUCAUCUUCCACCACCGCCGAAACGAGUGGGCUCCUCAAUUUCAGGAAGUUCUGCAUCUUCGGGGAACUCGAACUCGAGACCUCCACCCAGUCUUCCGCCCCGACUGCCUCCGCGAACGAAUUCCACACCCGUACAGUCUCCGCCCGCAUACUCGCCGAUACCACAACCGGGAUUAGGACCAGCGUCAGAUGGAUAUGUCAAUCAGGGUGCGACAUCUCGACUGGCCAAUGCCGGUGUCUCGGUUCCUGCUCUGGGAGUUGGGGGCGAAAACCAGGAUCUGCAGAGCACUGCCUCACCGGGAGGGGCCCCUGUCAACGAACUGCAAAGCCGUUUCUCUCAAAUGAGAACGGGAUCGUCUUACAGUCGACCUGCACCGCCUCCCCCGCCUGGACGAGGCAGGAAUACCCCAGCACAAGAUAACCCACCCGCGUCGGGUUCUGGGGGAGUCAGGUCUACGAUCAACAACUUCCGCGAGCAACAUGCGGACAAGAUUGAUGCCGGCAAACAGAAGAUGGGUAACUUCCGUGAACAACAUUCAGACAAGAUCGAUGCCGGCAAACAGAAGAUGGGCAACUUCCGUGAACAACAUUCAGACAAGAUCGAUGCCGGCAAACAGAAGAUGGGCAACUUCCGUGAACAACAUUCAGACAAGAUCGAUGCUGGCAAAGAAAAGAUGGGCAACUUCCGUGAGCAACAUGCGGAUAAGAUUGAUACUGGCAAACAGAAAAUAGGGAACUUCCGCGAACAACAUGCAGACAAGAUCGAUACGGGCAAGGAAAAGAUGGGUAACUUCCGCGAACAACAUGCGGACAAGAUCGAUGCUGGCAAACAGAAAAUGAGCGGAUUGUCGAAGCGAAUUGGUUCGUUCGUCGAGGGACAAAGGUCUCAGCCUAGUGAACGACCAGCACCACCGCCUUCAGCAUCAACCCCCUCCACAUCAAAUGCGGGGGUGGAGAGCAUAGCUAAGAAGAAGCCGCCUCCGCCGCCACCAAAACGUGCAGAUAUCCGGGCUCCGUCGGUCCAGACGGCGCCGUCUCCUUCGGGACCUCCCCCGUUGCCACUCAGCUCCAAGCCUAGGAUUGUAUGA